GAGUUCUGGAGAUUUAGUACCACAAUUUGCUCAGCUUAUCCUCUACGAACCCUGGACUCUAUAGGACCAGAUGGCAGCACCAACUGGGACUCUGCACUGGUGAUCAUUAUCAAUGGAGAUACUGAUGACCAUCUAGAGAUGCUGGAGAGUGGGGUGAUGAGGCAGCUGUUGAUAGAGAAAUGGAAAGCAUUUGCUCAGAGCUGGUUUUUGGUUCAUCUGUUGACUGCAUCCAUUCAUCUCAUCUUCUUCAGUAUUUCUAUCUACACCCGACCAAUGGGAAAAGAUUUGCUUGGCUACAGGGGACCAAUAGACACA